GCAAGCAUGUAUACCAACAAUUCUACCACUACCAAUGUCCCACAGAAAACGAAGAAAAAAAAAGAGGAAAAACUGUGUAUACAACGACGAUUUCAAAAUUGUUAAAUAUUGCAACAAUCGUCAUCGUCGCAAGUUAGUAUAAUUUCUAUACUCUAUGGUGUUGUUUUUUUUUUCAUUUUGUGUUCUGAAAUUUUCCUAAAAAGUCGUAUUUUUCGCGGAGCUUUUGUAAUUCGCGGUUAAAAUAUUAGGCACAAUGGUCUAGAGCGAGUCGAGUGCACGAUAACAUUAUUUUUGGAGCACCUGAACUCUGCGAGAAAUAACUAACACUCAACUCGAGAAAAAACACACAGGGCAAGCAUACACGAAGGGUUCUGGCGUGCUAAGAAGAGGGCCAGCAGCAGCAAGCAAGCAAGCUUGGCACAAUAUACAAAUCCAUAAUAUUUUCUCGGUGUUUGUUAGCCGUUUAUUCGCAUCACAAAGAGGUGCAACCCUCCGAACGUGAAUCGUAAUUUCCACCAAUCAGCGUUCAGUUUACUUCAAGACGUGACUCCCAUCUUCCUAUUCAUCUCGACAGCUUGUUUUGUUUAACCUUCUCUAUUAUAUAAACACGCACACACAUACAUCUAGAUAGGCUGUUGUUGGUCGUACUAUUUCACACACAAGCGUAAGAGCCCGAUGCUGUUUGGGAAGAGUCGAACGGGGGAGGGGAGAAGGGGGUCGUUCGCGGGGCGAACAACUGCUAGGUCGCGGGCACGCCAGUAUAUUUGUGAGUGUUUGCAGCGUAUACUAUUUAUAGGUUCGUCGUGUGAGAAAAAGUCAACCGAGUGGGGGUUGAAAUUGGGCGUAGUCUCGCGAUGGCAUAUUUAGAUUUUUAGGGUAAUAAAUCUUAACUUGUCAAAAUGCUUUCGAAGCGAGUUUCGAAACAAACUCGCGCGCAAAUGUGAUUUUUUUCAUCCUUUUCGUCGACUUCGUAUAUUAUUUUUCGUGCGAAAUUGACUUUUUUUUCGAGAAUUUUUUUUUUCUUUCUUUGGCGGUAGUUUCUUGAAACGAGACUUCAAUUUUUUGAAAAAAAAAAAAACAAAAAAACUUUGAACUUUAAUUUUUUCGAAUUGAUUUGUUUCAGUGUAAAACUCGAGUUCGAAUGCUGAUCCUUGAAUCGUUCACGUAUCGUCGCGUUCGCAGUGUGUCGCAUCCUUCGUCGUCGAUAAUCACAAAUUGCUAACUCUUUGUACCUUCUAUAAAUGUGCACAAACGGAGGCGCUGUACUACGUCCGGAAAUCCCAAAACUACCCAUAAUGGGUACAGAAUCAGUCAGCUCUUCGGCGGAAACCGGUUCGAUGCAGGUGACCACGAAUACCAUCCAACCCUUCGACCAAUACCGUCUGCAUUUAUACAACUACGCUCUCCAAGCCGAACGUCUCCGAUUCGUGCAGAACUACAGUCCGGUAGGCAAUCCGAUUUGUCCAACUUUUACACCAUAUGGUCCUCGAUGGGCAUUCCCCAUGUCCCUGUUCCAGAACAGGCUAACCACAGACGAACCUAAACCUCAACACAGCUACAUAGGUCUGAUCGCCAUGGCUAUCUUGAGUUCACCCGAAUCGAAACUCGUCCUGUCCGAUAUCUACCAAUACAUCUUGGACAACUACCCUUAUUUCCGUACCAGAGGGCCCGGUUGGCGUAACUCCAUCAGGCACAACUUAUCGUUAAACGACUGCUUCAUCAAAGCUGGCCGAAGUGCGAAUGGCAAAGGCCACUAUUGGGCUAUACAUCCGGCCAACAUCGAGGAUUUCAAGAAAGGCGACUUUCGCAGACGAAAAGCCCAAAGGAAAGUUCGCAAACACAUGGGCUUGGCUGUAGACGACGAUGGUAACGAUUCCCCCAGUCCACCCCCGAUCACACCCCCUCCUACGUUAUGGUCCAGCGCACCGAUCGUGUUUCCGACCUUUCCGACGAGUAUAUCGCGUAAACGACAAUUCGACGUCGCCUCUUUGCUAGCUCCGGAUGAAGAUUCCAGUAAAAAGAAACAGCAGCUUGUUCAUCACAAUCAUCAUCAUAAUCAUCACAACAACAACAACCAUCAACAGCACCACCAGCAUCAAUCAUCCAGCAGUGGAGAAGAAGACGAGACCACCGAUAUCGACGUAGUGACCAGUGUAUCGAAUGUUAUCCACGGGUUGACCGUAGAAGAUGCUACCACAACAUCUUCGAAUAAUUCGUUACCGAAUUCGCCCAUCGGUGCGAUAUCCCCCUGGUGUUAUCCGACUACCAUAUUGCAAUCAUCGUCGCCCGAACAUCAGCAACUAGUGGCUAAAUACUACGAGCACCUGAACCAAGCCAGAACCAUACAGCUUUACCAACAACUCCAAAUGCAGAGGAGGUUGUGCACCAAUGAGCCAGAUACUUCUCCUAGGAUCGAGGAAUUGGAUAAUAGCGGGUAGUACGCUCCUGUAUCGUAUUGGGCUGUGUUUGUACUCGUAUUUUUCACAAUCUGCAAAUUUGCAUACCUAUAUAGAUUUAUCAUCGAUUCCUCGUGAUUUACGUACCCAUACAGGUCUGUUGAGUCAUCUUACGUUUUAAUGAUUAUGUAUAACUCGUAUAAAAGGUGCUUUUAUCUAUUUUUAUUUUAUUUUUUUUGUAAUUAGUAGUUCAGUAAUGAUCUCUUAUCGUACCAUUACACAUACCGUAUUAUAGAAUCAUAAUUUUAUUUGUCCCGUCGUAUACAAUAUUGCUAAAAAAAAUGUCAACCUAAUGGCCACGAUGGCGAUUCAAUUCAAUCAGCAGCUUCAUUGCAAAUUCAAGAAUAACUUUUUUGGUGACCUUUCUCACAAUUUCGCUCAAAAUUCAUAAUUGUAUUCGUUGUUUGCCAUCUUUCAUAAAUUUCGAGGAAAAGAGAAAAAUAUAGGAGACAUGGAAGCCUCGAUGAGGCAUGCCAAAGAGGGGGGUGAGAAGACUAAAACAUUUGGGCAUCAAGUUGGGAAUUUUUGGGAAAAAUUGAGAAGAAAUUAUACAAGUCGGAAAAAUCGAAGAAUUGCCAAAAACCACGAGUUUUUAAUUUUUGAAUAAUAAACAAGAGGUUUCGCCCUCGCCAGAUCGUUUUCCUUUUCCUUUCACCGACCAAAAUUAGAGAGUAGAAAAAUGUAUUUCUCGCAUCAGAAACAACGCUGUUUCACUCAGAAAUCCCCCCCCCCAGGUCUCUCCAAUGCAUUCCAGUCAACUGCAGCGAAAAAGUUCCCAUCUCUGCUGAAAUCGUAUCAAAAAAUGCCCUAUUUUUUGCCGAAAAUUCGGUAAACAAUAAUUUUUAAUUUUUGUCGAAAUCGAUUGUUUUCGAACACGUGAAAAUUGUAUGUCCUGAAAAAAAGAAGAAUUAUGAAUUUUCGACAGAUUUUGCCCUCACCUCGCUGGGAUCCCAUUCGUAUUUUCAAAAAUAUUCUAAUUUACUGAAAACUGAAAAUGCUGAAGUCAUGAAAAUUGAAAACCAACUUUUUGCAUGAUUUUGUUAUUUACAGUGCCGAUUUACCCAUUAGUUCCAAUAGUUCCGGAACUAGGGCCCACGAAGGUUUAGGGGCCCAACGUAAAAGGAAAAAAUUAUUAUCAAUUGCAACGAAUGCUAAAAAAAUUGGUUUGAAAUGUGUUUGUUGGAUUGGUUCUUUUGAGGGGGGAGGGCACGAAAUUUUUAGAAUUAGGGGUUAGGGUAUAGGGCCCAGCAGGGGUUAGGAACUAGGGCCCACGAAACCCUUAAUGCGGCACUAUAUACACGUUUCGAAUUAUCAAUUUUUCACUUGCUAUCUCCCUUGCUUCGCUCGAAGUAGAUCGGUUUCCUCUUCUUUUCUCUAACCAAAGUUGUGGGGUUGAAAAAUUGACUUAUUCUCACAUCGGAAAUAAUGUUGCUUCAGGUUAAAAACAAAAGAAUAAAUUAUAUGAAAAAAAAAAAUUUUCAAAUGUUGAAGCCAUGAAAAUCAACUUUUUGUACCCUUUAUUUUAUUUUUCGAAUCAUCAAUUUUUUUCAAACAUUUUGCUCUCGCUUCGCUGGAGCAGAUUUGAAUUCUACUGUGAAAUGUUUCAAAAAUUUUCAAUACUUGACGAAAAAAGAUUCGAACAAAAUUAUAUAGAAAUUUAUACAUUCAAAGGCCAAAAAGCUAAAAAAAAAAAUCACAAAAAAUUUCAAAUUUCUUUAUUUUUGAUUUCAGUACCAAACUAUGCAAUAGAACAACCUAAAUUUUUUGCCAAGUACUCCUAUAAAAGCAUUGUUUUUGAACAUCUAAAAUUAUUCAUAGUUUUUGUUUUCAACUCCCCCUUCCAAAAAUUAUUCGAACCACAUCUGGACAAUUAGCAUGAAAAAUACAGGAGGAUGAGGGAGGUUGAGGUAAAAAGUUGGGAAAAUUUCAGUCCGCCCACCCCCCCCCCCCCCCAAGACCGACGACACAUCAGUUCGUCAAUGGUAGAUAAAACUUUAUCUUGCUUUCCAGAACAUAUCAAAAACCUUUAGGGUGGGUCUUGAAAAAAAAAUCAGGAAGAUUUUAGUCAAAUUCGAUGAAAACUAAAUAUCACUUUGAGCUGAUAUUCAUUCAAAAAAAAAAAAAAAGUCGGCUCUGGAGGUGUCCCUAAAGGAGAGAUUGGGGUCCACAAAGCGGGGUGUUUUUGAGAAAAUCGUAGUUUUUUUCACUCUAUAGCCCUUGCCCAACCUAUUUUGGAGAAAAUGGUGCAGUUCCAAAAGUAAGUAUUUGAGAUUUCAUGCCGGUCCCGGGUAUCAAACAAAAUGUGGAAACUAAAAAGAAGGACCUUGCAAGGACCUUUGGGAAGGACAUUUUCAAAAUUAAAAAUGUACUGAUACCCCCCCCCCUUCUACAAUUCAUUUUCACAAAAUUUCCUAAAAAAAAUCUUCAAAAAUCGAUAAGGUGACAUCUCAAAAAAGUGAAAUUUUACAGGAGAGUGAUUUUCUUUUUUUUUAAAACUUGAUUCAUUAUUUUUAUCAACUUAUAAUUUAUUGUGCGGAAUGAAUAGUCACCUCAUUUUAAAGAUCUGGUAUCCUACCUUCAUUUAGCAUAAGAACACUUUGAAAAAUAAAAUCUUAAAGAGGAAAUAUUUCAAUGUUUGGAAAACAUUUUGAGUUAGAACCUUUCAUUAAAGUUGAUGUGCAGGCGAAAGGAAGCGUCCAAAAAAAUUUCAUGUUAACAAAGUUGUAGAGAAUUAAAUUUUCAAUCGACAUAAUGUCGUUAGUUUUUUUCUAGAGUGCUUAGUUUUUGAGUUUUUCUCAAAAAACUAAAAUUUCAUUAUGUGCAAAUUCAUUUUUCUGAAAAGUGAUCAAUUUAAAAAAAAUUUUCCAUUUGGUACAAACCAAUAAAAAAUGCACUCCUUGUGACUAUUUCUAACUGACAAACAUUCAAAACAAUCAAAACUGUUUGUUAACACUUUGUAUGUACGAAAUUUGCUCAAAAAAGGUGGAGUUUUUUGAGAUGUCACCUUAUAACUCCAAACAACUUGCAAUGUUGUUGGGAUUUUGAGUUAGGCCAUUUGGGUUUUUUACAUCAUCUAGAUAAUGUACCCAAAUCAAAGUGUUAUUUUUGGUUGAGGGGGGUCAUACAAGCCCCAAAAGUGCAAAAACAACAAAAUCAAUUUUUUUUGAGAUGUCACCUUAUUACUCCCAAGGCGCGAUAUGUAGAUAAUUAUUUUGACGUUGAAAAAAUGAAAAAUUCUGAAAAAAUUGAGUUUUGCAUUUUUCGCUUGAUUUUGAUUAAAUGACAGAAUUAUUUGAAAAUUUGGAAAGUUCCUGACUUUUUUGAAAAGAAGUACCCAUAUAUAUAGGCAAAAAGACAAACUUUUCCUGACCUCCUAAAUCGGAAAGGCCGUUAUAAAUACCCUGUUUUGCCUCUUGAAAUACAAAUUUUUGAAAUUUUUUGCACCUUCGCUUCGCUAAGGCUUCUGUCUUUUUCCCCUCAAAUUGAGAUCGAAUUUUUAUAAAAAUCUAUUGGGUAAGGUGUUCAAAUUUAAAAAAAUGUUUGAACCCUUUUUGAGCUGAAAAAACAUUGUUUUUUUAUUUCUCGAAACUAACUCUUGCUCUCACUCCGCUCGGGCCUGUUUGCUUGUCAUUUUUAAAAACCCAUCAUUCAAAUACUAAAAAAGUGAACAAUUUUUUAAAAACAUCGUUUUCUCAUCUCUCAAAAUACGAAUUCUUCACCAGCUUUUGACUUCUCUUUGCUCGGGGUGGUCAAUUUUUAUCUCAUUUUCUAAACCUAUAAAAAAAAUUGCAUAAGAAUGUCUCGAAAACCUGUUUAAAAUCACUAAAAUUUGGCUGAAUUUCCAUAGAACAUGCUUUAAAUUAUGACUUAAAAACCCGAAUAAAUGGAUUCAAAUCACGGAAAAUCACCAAAAAUUCAUAAAAUUGCUACGAAACAGUUAGCAAAAAAUACACCUAAAAGCGUUAAAAGUGCAGAACAGUCGUGAAAAAACUCUUUAAAAAAAUUAAAAUUUCCGAAAAUUAUCAAAUUGUAAUGAAAUUAUAGUAAAAUUGUGCUAAAAUGCGUGAAAUAUGGGUCUAGGCCAUUUCCAUCGAAAUCCAAGACCACUUUUGUGGCUCUACUGAGUGGUUGAAAAUUUGGCAAAUGUCUUAUUUCGGGGUAAAUAAAAUUCGUUUUUUGAAUUUUUUUCUCAAAUUGUAUUUCACAUCAUUUAUGUUAAUCAUUUCUGAAUCUGGGAAAAUAUUUUCGUCUUUCGUAUUUAUCGUCAAUUUCAAAAAACUGAAAACAUUUCACAAGUUUCUGUGUAUUUUUCUCUAUUUUUUUUUUGAAAUUGGCUAUAAUUUUUGAAAUAUUGACACCAUUGUGUUCAAAAAUAUUCUCUCAAUUUCAGAAAAUGAUAUCUUUCGAUGUUUUAGUACAUAUAAUUAACGAAUGAAAAAAUUUUCAAGACACAAAUUUUCUCAAAAAGAAGCAAUUCGUAAAUUUUCAAUCGCUCAGAAUUUUGACGACAAUAGCUUAGGUCGACGCAGAAUCUUGAAUACCAUCUUCUGAAACUGGACCAAUUUUUCCAGAACAGAUUAUGAAGGUGCAAGAGGCAAAAAACCACGAUUUUUGUCCGAAAAUGCCCCCUCUUGAGGACCCAUAUUUUUUUCCUGGAGUAGAUACCUCCUGUGCUAAAAAAUAUUUCCAGGUGAUUUUUCAACUCAAAAUGAAGGAGUUCAAUGAAUUUGGUCAAAAUCAAACUACAUUUUUUUUCACCAUCUCUCGCGUUUUUCUGUCAUAAAAAUGUUUUAACCUGGGGAAAUAAAAUUAUAACAAGGGCAAGAACAAAUAAAACAUCAAUUUUAAAAUUUCGGAAAAAAGUAUCACAAAUUCUCAUUAAUUUUAAAAAAAAAAAAUCAAGAAAACUAAUUGAAAUUAGGCUUUGGGAUGAUUCGAAUUAUUCGGAUCAAACAUGUCGUGAUUCAAAUCAUCAUAUUUUGAAGCUGUGAUUCCUGAUUCAUCAUAAUAUGCGUAAAGUAACAACAUCAUGAGCCAUGAAUCAGAAUCACGUUCUCGAGCUACUCACUCUCUCGAUGAAAUAUGUCACAAUGUCUAUUGGAUUUUGCGAAAUUUUGAUCGAACUUUAAGAAUGACGUUUCAACCAACUGUUGCCCAGUUCGUCUCAAUUUUAGGCAAUUUUCAGUUAUUUUUAUGCACACUGCACAGCUACAGGUUUCAUAAUGUAUUUAAUGCCAUUUUCUCCAAACUUUAUUCAACAUUGAUGACGUUGGAUCAAUUUUAUGGGCGAUGCAAUAUGUUUCAUAAUCCAGGCGAUUUUUACAAAACUCAGCUCAAAAUCCGAGAUAUUUCAUCAAUCUCUAGUCAUUUUCUCCCCAGCAUAAUUUUACGAGUUUUUCUAAAUUACGACCAAUGUUUUUAGUUUUUGAUAAUUUUUACCUUUGAUUUUCAAUACUUCUUUUUUACAGCAUUAUCGCGUAAUCUGUUAACACGUUUUCAUCACAAACUUUGAUCAAUUUUGACAAAUUUCCCUGAAAAUUUUACUAGUUUUUGGCAAUAUUGGAUGAUUUCAACUUUUUUUAUUUUUUAGGUGUUUUCCUAACAUUAGACAGGAUUUUUAAGCAUGUUUGAUACAGUUUCUACUAAAUUUUGAUGAAUUUUGCGUUUAUUUUUUCAAAAUAUUGGGAUGUUUCAAUUAUGAUCUUUGCGCUUUUUACGGCUGUCAUUUUUAAUGAAAUUUCAACAAUACCUUGUGCAAUUUUCACUAUAUAAAUUUCACCGAAUUUUGCCAGAACUUCGUUUGAUCUUCGCCAAAUUUUAUUCAAUUUUUUUUUUCAAUUUAUAUUUCAUUUUUCUAAUAUAAUUUUUUUUUCAACGCGGAUAACACAGUUUGCCGAAAAUAUUUAAAAUGAAACAAAAAAUGGACAUAGCCUUGCAUAUUUUAAAUAAGAAAAAUCUUGAGCAGAUCGUUCGAUAAUUUGAGGAAAAACGAAGAAAAGACAAAAAGAAAAAAAUUAAAUUAAAAGUAAAAAAAGUGAAUGAGAUUUCAAAAAUGCGCUCAACAAUUCAUUCAAUACUUAUAGUUAUACUGAUCGAUACCUAAAAAAUAUAUUUCACACAUACACGAAUAUCACAAUUUCAUUUAAAAUUUUCAGUUUCUAUGAGCAUAAGGCUAUCGAACUUUUCCCUCAAUUUCUCCCAAGUGCAACCUCUAAACAAAAAAUAUAAAUCGAAAAUGCCAUCUUGGGAUGUCCUCAAUUUUCAAAAAAAUCGCCAUUAAUUCUCCAAAAAUGAGCUCAAUUUUAAAUGAAAAUACAUAUUUAAUUUUUAAAAAAUAGACCCUUAAUCAAAUUAUUCCUAAAUCUAAAAAUCUAUCAACAUCUAACUAACAUCAACCUCAUAAAAUAGGUACCUCUACCUACGUAAACAACGAAUAAAAAGCUAGUUCGCCAUUUUUUCCCAGUAUUUAUCGGCGGUAUCCCACACUAAUAAAAUACAUAUUAUCGAUGCCAUUUUGAAUACGUAAUAAAUUAGUCGAAUUUAACGCAGUACGGUACUCGUUAUCGCGACACUUUAUCGAAUAAAUUACUCGUACAUUUGACCUGCCCUUUCGUGUGUUUUUCGAAAAAAUAUUACCUACCAAUACCUUUUAACUUAACGCGUGUGAAUAUUGAAUAACCAUUACCUACAUUAGGCUAUACCUACAUAAUAUAGAGAGAAUUCGUGCCAUAUACCAUGUUUUUUUUUCAAUUUUCUCCUACUCAUUAUAUUUUUAAGAUUUAUUACCUGUCUCGUUUGACUUAAAAAAAAAAAAAUAUUGUAUUAUUUAAAUAAUGCGCUGCGCUACCUAUGUAUUUAUGUAUUGUGUAAUUUUCUUGUGUAUUUAUACGAACGAAUGAAAGAAAAAAAAAUCGACUUGUAUAAAUUGUGUACAUUGUUAAUCAUUCUUAUAUUGUUUUUUUCUUAUUUAUUCAUUUUUUUUUUUUUUUGAAGUGAAAGGAAAAUUUUCCGAUUGUAUAUUUUUUAAAUGAAUUAAAAAAGUUGAAGUUGAACUGUUCGUUUUAUUCUGAAUAUUUAUUCAUUCCAACCGCAAAAUUUUUCCAAAUGAUUAUCAUGUUCAAGUAUAGAAACUUGUGUUUGAAAUAUGGCUCGGGUAAAAUGAACCAAGUGGCAGUAAAAAUUUAACAAUUUUUUUCGAUACCUACCUGAUGAUA